GAAAAGCGCGCAGGCAUACACAGAGCGACUGUGGGGACAGCAAUGAUGACAGCUACCAUGGCGGCCAAAGAUACAUAUCAAUUUACGCGAACUAAAGCCAGUACCACCAUCAUCACCAACACCACCUUAACCCCCAUUACCACCAUAACCACCACCAACCCCAUCAACUCCAGCCAACGGCGACAGCCAUUUUACCAGCAGCCGCCAGCAGUAACAACAACUACAUUGACAACUCCAACAACAGCAGUACAAACAGCGAUGGGUAGAGCGAUAAAUAUUGGUUUUACUGGCUACACACACGCUUACAUAAAUGAUCAUCGAGCUGGCGUUGGUGAAAUAAAUGAAAAGGUACUGCAAGAUGAAGUGACCGGCACCCGUGUUACAGCCACAGCCGCCGCCGCUGUCGAUAUUGGAAUCGAUGUUGUUGAUGAUGAUGAGGGCAAUGUCGAUGGCAAUGGCAAUACAGAUAGUGUCGCCGGUAUGGCUUCCAUCGCAUCGACGGUUGUUGGUGAUGACGUUAAUUUUGCCGUUGACUCACGUAAAGGUAUGCCGACGGGCGGUAUUGAGAUGGACGACGGUGAUGACAGCGAGUCGUUCGGUUCAAUGGAAACAUUAUCUGACAACGUAGCUGUUUGGGUGGAUGGAGAAAAGCAUUGGGUGGCAGGUGUGGAUGCUAAUACAACGUGUGCGGAUUUGAUUGGUGCGUUGCUCAAUUAUCAAAACGCACAGCAGCUGCAACAGAAACAAUACCAGCAGCAGCAGCAUACGUUUAAUGUCAACACUGGCAAAAACAACAAUAAUAAUAAUAACAAUAACAGCAAAAUGUCCAGCAGCACUACAAAUACAGCCAUCAAUCAAUCAAUGUUAAUAAAAACAUCAACGAAUACCAAAGAAAAUUGCGAUCCAUUGCUCGCUGUGAGCGGUGAAUUGACUAUUGGUGGUUGCUUCCCUGCUGCGCCUUCGUUGGCGCUAACAGUUCCCGCAACUAGUAGGGCUGCUUCUAUCGCCGGUAACUGCUUGACGCAGGCAUGCGAGUACGCCAUUGUCAAGCAGCAUCGUCACUGUGAAGAGUAUUUAGAUGGGAAAGCGAAGGUGUUCGACGUGUUGCCAGUGCAUGAUGGUACUACAAGAAAGGAGUGCGAACUACUGCUCCGUCGUCUAGCUGCCGCCAACUCCAUCAACGCCACCACCAAUGGUGCGACUUUCACUGCGUCACCUGCUGCAUUGCAGCGUUCCAGUUCGCCUUCCCUCAAUUUCAAUACACAGGUCUCUUCCCUGCUCUCCACGGAUAAGGACAGCGGCAUGGGCAGCCCGGUGGGCAGUUCACGUAGCGCGCGUCUACGUCGCCGCAAAUACAAAUCAGCAACUACGGUAAGUUGGUUGGCACAGGCGAAUACGUUGCAUCCACGCGUUUCGCAACGUGCUGUCGCCGCUUUCAGUGGUCUUGGCAACACUCUGACCAACGCGCAUGGUGGCAAUAGCAAUAGCAAACACAUUGCUGCCAUCGAACAGGCAUUGGGAGAGGAUACGUUGUUGGCUACGGAUGGUCUGGAUGGUUUAGGAGGAGGCGUAAGUGCAAAUGAGAGGCUUCUGAAAAUUAUUCUAGCACAGGACGAAACCAUACAUCGCCAGCUGGCUCUGUUAAGAGAAAAAGAGCGGCAAAUUUCAAAAAUUGAAGAGGAGAAGCAUCGCGUGCGGGAGCGCGAAUUGGGGAAAAAUUACCUACUCGAAACGUACCUGAAGGGCCUGGAUGAAGCGAAUGUGGAGCCCGAUUUAGAGGCGUGCACCGAUGUGGGAUUGGCCGAUAGUCCAGUUAAUGAAUUCAGUGAUGUUCGCUUUGCCCACACUGCUGCUGUUGACUGUGGCGAUGAGGUUGGCAAUGAUGAUGUGGAAAUUUAUAUAGAUGAGCCGUAUAAGCGCACAGCGAGGACAUUUAAAGCACACAUAACUCCAGAAACAACAACACCGACCACAACUACGAAGGACAUUAUGCUCGCAAAAACAAGAAACUUCAAUUUGGAUGCGCGUCACUCGAAGAAAAUGAAGGGAGAUUUCACUAAUGGAGUUGAAGCGGUAAUGACUGCGGGGAAGAUUGACGGAAAUGAAUCACCCCCCACCAGCAGCCAGGGAAAUCAGAAGGAAAUAGACGUGCAACUGUUUUGGCUUGAGAAGAUCUAUGCACUUAAUAAGCAGCUGCAGCGCGAGGAGGAAAUGUUGCUGAAGUUGCACGCAAAAAUACGAAAACAUCAGGUGAAACGUGCCUACCAAACAAAGCGCGAAGUCUUGCAACAAAUUGAGAAAUUGGAUGCAGAGCUGACGUUGCAAUGUUGUGACAUUCGCGCGGUGGAGAAUAAAUUACACGCCUCCAACGAGCAACUCAAACAGAAGCUCUCCGUUUUGGAGCGACUGAGUAAAGAGUUUCUGGAAACGAUAGAGACGCCGCCAACGGAUGUUGCAGAGUGGACGACGAACUCAGUGGCGGCAGUUGACGCUGAUAGUCAGGCAACUGUUAAUCGAAUGCCAGAUGUAAUUAACAAUGAAGAUCACAAUCUUGUAACAUUGUUGCGUGCCACAGAGAUGGCGAGGGAGAAUACGUUGCAAGUUGCUGAUGAGUGGCAUGCAAAGCAGACUACAACAGAGCAGUUAGUAAUGGUUCAACAAAGUUGUCAGCUGCAACAACUACCUGAAGAACCGGCAGAUGUGUGGCACAUGCAAGAUGCGAAAUUUCGCUUGCCACAUGCAAUGCAAUCAUCCUCCCAAGUAUUGCAUACAGAUUUGAAUAUAAUAAGCGGACAGAAUGCGUUGGCACCAACAAAUGCAGUAGCAGAAACAAUAACAGUACCAUUACCUGCAGCACACACAACAACAAUACAGGAAACGACAAUCGUGCCCAAAGUCGUGGCAGCUAGCCAUGCGGCAACAAAACUAACAGAGACAAGCUGUAUCGCAACAUCGUCAACUGCGCGAGCGACAGCAAUUACAAUAGCAAUAGCGUCGGCAACGGCAACAACAACAAAUAUGACAUCUGCUUUAACAACAGCCGCAACUUCGUGCAACGUGUCAGCUGUGCCACCGCUUGCGGAAGAAAAGCAAGUCACAACACUUCGUCUUCCUCAACAGCAACAGCAGCAGCUGCAGCUAGGGCAAGAACAAUUGGCGCUGCCCAAACCUGAGGAUAGUGCGCGUCAAUGCGUCAAUGCUGAUGACGUUCCCAUCAAUGUGCUUGCAGCCACUAGCGUAGUAGGCUUGCCACAAAGCAAUUAUCCAAUUAGUUGCAUUAAUCAUGCGGCCAUACAUGCCACCAGCCAACUCUCAACGGGGCAGAUUAUUGUUGCAGCCAACGCUGAUGCUGAUUGUGGCGGUGGUGGUGGUGGUGAAGGUGCGGUGUCUAUGAAAUUAAUAACGCCCGAGCAAAAAUUGCCAUCAGCAACAGCUGCAUUUCCAGCCUCCAGUUUAGCGUCUGCGGCAUCAGAAAAUUCUCCACAGCAACAGCAAGAGCAAUUGCGGCAAUACCACUACCAACCACAACCAUUGCUACAGCGGCAGCAAAUCAAUCUAAAUGGCUGCAUGCACGAUAGCUGCGUCAGCAUACAAAACAACAACAAUGACAAGAAUUUGCUACCGCCUUCGCAUGCCGCCUACACGAAAACGUUGCAAAAACAAAUGUUCGGACCGAAAUCUCUUAAUCAAAUACAGCCGGCAGAACCGCCAUCAAAAAUAAUACUUGUUUCAACAGCAGCAGCGACAAUGACCACACCUUCCGCUACCAUCACAACAUCACCCAUGCAUGUGGGUACGCAUGCUGGCUACGCUAUGCCACCGAUGAUAACACCCUUGCGUCCAACAACGCCAGCAGCGCUCUUGACUUCACCUGUUAUUCCAUUCAAUGCAACAACAACGCAGUGCAGCAGUGUUGAUCUCACGCAGUUGGGCACAUUGGUCUAAAGAUAACGAUGGACUUGCUCGCUGGUUAAUAACCACAAAGGCACGUCGCCGGUGGGCGCAAGAAACACUGUGUGGCUGGUGUAGUUGUCACGUUGGUGGCACAGUGAUGAAACAUUGAUGAAAUACUUAAUUGUGUUUGGCAAGAAUGAAACAAUUUAUGACGAAGGCUUCUCUCCUAAAUUAAUGUACUUAUACAUGCCCUUAAGUCUAUGGAAAGUAAACUUUUUGAAAGUAAAUAUAAUAUUAUGAAUAAGUACCUCAUUAUUAGACCUUCAAUAAU